AUGCCUAAACUCCUACAAGGCAUCAUCACUGUCAUUGAUGUUUUCUACCAAUAUGCCACCCAGCAUGGGGAGUAUGAUAUGUUGAACAAGGCAGAGCUGAAAGAACUUCUGGAAAAUGAGUUUCAUCAAAUUCUGAAGAAUCCAAAUGAUCCAGAUACUGUGGAUAUCAUCUUGCAAAGUCUGGAUCAAGACCAUAACAAGAAAGUGGAUUUUAUGGAGUAUCUUCUGAUGAUAUUCAAGCUGGUUCGGGCUCAUAAUAAAAUCAUUAGCAAAGAUUACUGCCAAGCUUCAGGGUCAAAGCUGAGAGACGACAGUCACCAGCACCAAGAGGAACAAGAAGAAACAGAAAAAGAGGACAAAUGGCAAGAAUCCUCUUCUAGUCAUUCAAGUUGGAGUGCAGGAGAGAAUGAUUCCUAUUCCAGGAACGUCAGAGGAAGCAUUACACAUUGGCCUCAAUCCAUAUCCAGAAGUUUGAAUUUUCAAAGAGACUUUUCUGGCGAAAAUAACUCCUGCUCAGGCCAGUCUUCCAGCUACGGCCACAAGGGCUCUGGCUCCAGUCAGUCUUCCGGCUAUGGCCGACAUGGGGCUGGAUCUGGCCAGUCUCCUAGCCAUGGCCGACAUGGGUCUGGCUCCGGUCGCUCUUCCAACUGUGGCCCACAUGGGUCUGGCUCAGGCCAGUCUUCUGGCGUUGGUGAACAGGAGUCUAGCUCAGGGCAGUCCUCUAGUUACACUCAGCAUGGAUCUGGCUCAGGUCACUCCUCCAGCUACGGACAACACGGCUCUAGGUCAGGACAGUUAUCUAGGGGAGAACAACACGGAUCUAGCUCAGGUUCCUCUUCUAGCUAUGGUCGACAUGGAUCUGGCUCCCAUCAGUCUUCGGGCCACGGCCGACACGGGUCUGGAUCUGGCCAGUCGCCUAGCCCUAGCCGCGGCCGACAUGGGUCUGGUUCUGGGCAGUCUUCCAGCUACAACCCACAUGGGUCUGGCUCAGGGCGGUCUUCCAGCCCUGGCCCACAUGGGUCUGGCUCAGGUCACUCUUCUGGCUUAGGUCAACACGAGUCUCGCUCAGGACAGUCCUCUGGCUACGGUCAACACGGAUCUAGUUCGGGUCACUCCUUUUCCCAUGGGCAACAUGGCUCUACAUCAGGACAGUCAUCAAGCUGUGGCCAACAUGGAGCUAGCUCAGGUCAGUCUUCCAGCUACGGUCAGCAUGGCUCUGGCUCAAGUCGGUCUUCUGGCUAUGGCCGACAGGGCUCUGGAUCUGGCCAGUCUCCUAGUCGCGGCCGACAUGGGUCCGGUUCCGGGCACUCUUCUAGCUACGGCCAACAUGGGUCUGGCUCAGGUCGUUCUUCCAGCCGUGGCCCACAUGAGUCUGGUUCAGGCCAGUCUUCUGGCUUUGGUCAACACGAGUCUAGCUCAGGGCAGUCCUCUAGUUACACUCAGCAUGGAUCUGGCUCAGGUCACUCCUCCAGCUACGGACAACACGGCUCUAGGUCAGGACAGUCAUCUAGGGGAGAACAACACGGAUCUAGCUCAGGUUCCUCUUCUAGCUAUGGUCGACAUGGGUCUGGCUCCCAUCAGUCUUCGGGCCACGGCCGACACGGGUCUGGAUCUGGCCAGUCGCCUAGCCCUAGCCGCGGCCGACAUGGGUCUGGUUCUGGGCAGUCUUCCAGCUACAACCCACAUGGGUCUGGCUCAGGGCGGUCUUCCAGCCGUGGCCCACAUGGGUCUGGCUCAGGUCACUCUUCUGGCUUAGGUCAACACGAGUCUCGCUCAGGACAGUCCUCUGGCUACGGUCAACACGGAUCUAGUUCGGGUCACUCCUUUUCCCAUGGGCAACAUGGCUCUACAUCAGGACAGUCAUCAAGCUGUGGCCAACAUGGAGCUAGCUCAGGUCAGUCUUCCAGCUACGGUCAGCAUGGCUCUGGCUCAAGUCGGUCCUCUGGCUAUGGCCGACAGGGCUCUGGAUCUGGCCAGUCUCCUAGUCGCGGCCGACAUGGGUCCGGUUCCGGGCACUCUUCUAGCUACGGCCAACAUGGGUCUGGCUCAGGUCGUUCUUCCAGCCGUGGCCCACAUGAGUCUGGUUCAGGUCACUCUUCUGGCUUUGGUCAACAUCAGUCUGGCUCAGGACAGUCUUCUGGUUACAGUCAGCACGGAAGUGGCUCAGGGCACUCCUCUAGCCAUGGACAGCAUGGUUCUACAUCAGGACAGUCAUCAAGCUUUGGCCAGGAGGGAUCUAGCACAGGCCAGUCUUCCAGCUACGGCCACCAGGGCUCUGGCUCCAGUCAGUCUUCCGGCUAUGGCCGACACGGGGCUGGAUCUGGCCAGUCUCCUAGCCGUGGCCGACAUGGGUCUGGCUCCGGUCAGUCUCCCAGCUGUGGCCCACAUGGGUCUGGCUCAGGCCAGUCUUCUGGCUUUGGUCAACACGAGUCUAGCUCAGGGCAGUCCUCUAGUUACACUCAGCAUGGAUCUGGCUCAGGUCACUCCUCCAGCUAUGGACAACACGGCUCUAGGUCAGGACAGUCAUCUAGGGGAGAACAACACGGAUCUAGCUCAGGUUCCUCUUCUAGCUAUGGUCGACAUGGGUCUGGCUCCCAUCAGUCUUCGGGCCACGGCCGACACGGGUCUGGAUCUGGCCAGUCGCCUGGCCCUAGCCACGGCCGACAUGGGUCUGGUUCUGGGCAGUCUUCCAGCUACAACCCACAUGGGUCUGGCUCAGGGCGGUCUUCCAGCCGUGGCCCAUAUGGGUCUGGCUCAGGUCACUCUUCUGGCUUAGGUCAACACGAGUCUCGCUCAGGACAGUCCUCUGGCUACGGUCAACACGGAUCUAGUUCGGGUCACUCCUUUUCCCAUGGGCAACAUGGCUCUACAUCAGGACAGUCAUCAAGCUGUGGUCAACAUGGAGCUAGCUCAGGUCAGUCUUCCAGCUACGGUCAGCAUGGCUCUGGCUCAAGUCGGUCCUCUGGCUAUGGCCGACAGGGCUCUGGAUCUGGCCAGUCUCCUAGUCGUGGCCGACAUGGGUCCGGUUCCGGGCACUCUUCUAGCUACGGCCAACAUGGGUCUGGCUCAGGUCGUUCUUCCAGCCGUGGCCCACAUGAGUCUGGUUCAGGUCACUCUUCUGGCUUUGGUCAACAUCAGUCUGGCUCAGGACAGUCUUCUGGUUACAGUCAGCACGGAAGUGGCUCAGGGCACUCCUCUAGCCAUGGACAGCAUGGUUCUACAUCAGGACAGUCAUCAAGCUUUGGCCAGGAGGGAUCUAGCACAGGCCAGUCUUCCAGCUACGGCCACCAGGGCUCUGGCUCCAGUCAGUCUUCCGGCUAUGGCCGACACGGGGCUGGAUCUGGCCAGUCUCCUAGCCGUGGCCGACAUGGGUCUGGCUCCGGUCGGUCUCCCAGCUGUGGCCCACAUGGGUCUGGCUCAGGCCAGUCUUCUGGCUUUGGUCAACACGAGUCUAGCUCAGGGCAGUCCUCUAGUUACACUCAGCAUGGAUCUGGCUCAGGUCACUCCUCCAGCUACGGACAACACGGCUCUAGGUCAGGACAGUCAUCUAGGGGAGAACAACACGGAUCUAGCUCAGGUCAGUCUUCCAGCUACGGUCAGCAUGGCUCUGGCUCAAGUCGGUCCUCUGGCUAUGGCCGACAGGGCUCUGGAUCUGGCCAGUCUCCUAGUCGCGGCCGACAUGGGUCCGGUUCCGGGCACUCUUCUAGCUACGGCCAACAUGGGUCUGGCUCAGGUCGUUCUUCCAGCCGUGGCCCACAUGAGUCUGGUUCAGGUCACUCUUCUGGCUUUGGUCAACAUCAGUCUGGCUCAGGACAGUCUUCUGGUUACAGUCAGCACGGAAGUGGCUCAGGGCACUCCUCUAGCCAUGGACAGCAUGGUUCUACAUCAGGACAGUCAUCAAGCUUUGGCCAGGAGGGAUCUAGCACAGGCCAGUCUUCCAGCUACGGCCACCAGGGCUCUGGCUCCAGUCAGUCUUCCGGCUAUGGCCGACACAGGGCUGGAUCUGGCCAGUCUCCUAGCCGUGGCCGACAUGGGUCUGGCUCCGGUCGGUCUCCCAGCUGUGGCCCACAUGGGUCUGGCUCAGGCCAGUCUUCUGGCUUUGGUCAACACGAGUCUAGCUCAGGGCAGUCCUCUAGUUACACUCAGCAUGGAUCUGGCUCAGGUCACUCCUCCAGCUACGGACAACACGGCUCUAGGUCAGGACAGUCAUCUAGGGGAGAACAACACGGAUCUAGCUCAGGUUCCUCUUCUAGCUAUGGUCGACAUGGGUCUGGCUCCCAUCAGUCUUCGGGCCACGGCCGACACGGGUCUGGAUCUGGCCAGUCGCCUAGCCCUAGCCACGGCCGACAGGGGUCUGGUUCUGGGCAGUCUUCCAGCUACAACCCACAUGGGUCUGGCUCAGGGCGGUCUUCCAGCCGUGGCCCACAUGGGUCUGGCUCAGGUCACUCUUCUGGCUUAGGUCAACACGAGUCUCGCUCAGGACAGUCCUCUGGCUACGGUCAACACGGAUCUAGUUCGGGUCACUCCUUUUCCCAUGGGCAACAUGGCUCUACAUCAGGACAGUCAUCAAGCUGUGGCCAACAUGGAGCUAGCUCAGGUCAGUCUUCCAGCUACGGUCAGCAUGGCUCUGGCUCAAGUCGGUCCUCUGGCUAUGGCCGACAGGGCUCUGGAUCUGGCCAGUCUCCUAGUCGCGGCCGACAUGGGUCCGGUUCCGGGCACUCUUCUAGCUACGGCCAACAUGGGUCUGGCUCAGGUCGUUCUUCCAGCCGUGGCCCACAUGAGUCUGGUUCAGGCCAGUCUUCUGGCUUUGGUCAACACGAGUCUAGCUCAGGGCAGUCCUCUAGUUACACUCAGCAUGGAUCUGGCUCAGGUCACUCCUCCAGCUACGGACAACACGGCUCUAGGUCAGGACAGUCAUCUAGGGGAGAACAACACGGAUCUAGCUCAGGUUCCUCUUCUAGCUAUGGUCGACAUGGGUCUGGCUCCCAUCAGUCUUCGGGCCACGGCCGACACGGGUCUGGAUCUGGCCAGUCGCCUAGCCCUAGCCACGGCCGACAGGGGUCUGGUUCUGGGCAGUCUUCCAGCUACAACCCACAUGGGUCUGGCUCAGGGCGGUCUUCCAGCCGUGGCCCACAUGGGUCUGGCUCAGGUCACUCUUCUGGCUUAGGUCAACACGAGUCUCGCUCAGGACAGUCCUCUGGCUACGGUCAACACGGAUCUAGUUCGGGUCACUCCUUUUCCCAUGGGCAACAUGGCUCUACAUCAGGACAGUCAUCAAGCUGUGGCCAACAUGGAGCUAGCUCAGGUCAGUCUUCCAGCUACGGUCAGCAUGGCUCUGGCUCAAGUCGGUCUUCUGGCUAUGGCCGACAGGGCUCUGGAUCUGGCCAGUCUCCUAGUCGCGGCCGACAUGGGUCCGGUUCCGGGCACUCUUCUAGCUACGGCCAACAUGGGUCUGGCUCAGGUCGUUCUUCCAGCCGUGGCCCACAUGAGUCUGGUUCAGGCCAGUCUUCUGGCUUUGGUCAACACGAGUCUAGCUCAGGGCAGUCCUCUAGUUACACUCAGCAUGGAUCUGGCUCAGGUCACUCCUCCAGCUACGGACAACACGGCUCUAGGUCAGGACAGUCAUCUAGGGGAGAACAACACGGAUCUAGCUCAGGUUCCUCUUCUAGCUAUGGUCGACAUGGGUCUGGCUCCCAUCAGUCUUCGGGCCACGGCCGACACGGGUCUGGAUCUGGCCAGUCGCCUAGCCCUAGCCGCGGCCGACAUGGGUCUGGUUCUGGGCAGUCUUCCAGCUACAACCCACAUGGGUCUGGCUCAGGGCGGUCUUCCAGCCCUGGCCCACAUGGGUCUGGCUCAGGUCACUCUUCUGGCUUAGGUCAACACGAGUCUCGCUCAGGACAGUCCUCUGGCUACGGUCAACACGGAUCUAGUUCGGGUCACUCCUUUUCCCAUGGGCAACAUGGCUCUACAUCAGGACAGUCAUCAAGCUGUGGCCAACAUGGAGCUAGCUCAGGUCAGUCUUCCAGCUACGGUCAGCAUGGCUCUGGCUCAAGUCGGUCUUCUGGCUAUGGCCGACAGGGCUCUGGAUCUGGCCAGUCUCCUAGUCGCGGCCGACAUGGGUCCGGUUCCGGGCGCUCUUCUAGCUACGGCCAACAUGGGUCUGGCUCAGGUCGUUCUUCCAGCCGUGGCCCACAUGAGUCUGGUUCAGGCCAGUCUUCUGGCUUUGGUCAACACGAGUCUAGCUCAGGGCAGUCCUCUAGUUACACUCAGCAUGGAUCUGGCUCAGGUCACUCCUCCAGCUACGGACAACACGGCUCUAGGUCAGGACAGUCAUCUAGGGGAGAACAACACGGAUCUAGCUCAGGUUCCUCUUCUAGCUAUGGUCGACAUGGGUCUGGCUCCCAUCAGUCUUCGGGCCACGGCCGACACGGGUCUGGAUCUGGCCAGUCGCCUAGCCCUAGCCGCGGCCGACAUGGGUCUGGUUCUGGGCAGUCUUCCAGCUACAACCCACAUGGGUCUGGCUCAGGGCGGUCUUCCAGCCGUGGCCCACAUGGGUCUGGCUCAGGUCACUCUUCUGGCUUAGGUCAACACGAGUCUCGCUCAGGACAGUCCUCUGGCUACGGUCAACACGGAUCUAGUUCGGGUCACUCCUUUUCCCAUGGGCAACAUGGCUCUACAUCAGGACAGUCAUCAAGCUGUGGCCAACAUGGAGCUAGCUCAGGUCAGUCUUCCAGCUACGGUCAGCAUGGCUCUGGCUCAAGUCGGUCCUCUGGCUAUGGCCGACAGGGCUCUGGAUCUGGCCAGUCUCCUAGUCGCGGCCGACAUGGGUCCGGUUCCGGGCACUCUUCUAGCUACGGCCAACAUGGGUCUGGCUCAGGUCGUUCUUCCAGCCGUGGCCCACAUGAGUCUGGUUCAGGCCAGUCUUCUGGCUUUGGUCAACACGAGUCUAGCUCAGGGCAUUCCUCUAGUUACACUCAGCAUGGAUCUGGCUCAGGUCACUCCUCCAGCUACGGACAACACGGCUCUAGGUCAGGACAGUCAUCUAGGGGAGAACAACACGGAUCUAGCUCAGGUUCCUCUUCUAGCUAUGGUCGACAUGGGUCUGGCUCCCAUCAGUCUUCGGGCCACGGCCGACACGGGUCUGGAUCUGGCCAGUCGCCUAGCCCUAGCCACGGCCGACAGGGGUCUGGUUCUGGGCAGUCUUCCAGCUACAACCCACAUGGGUCUGGCUCAGGGCGGUCUUCCAGCCGUGGCCCACAUGGGUCUGGCUCAGGUCACUCUUCUGGCUUAGGUCAACACGAGUCUCGCUCAGGACAGUCCUCUGGCUACGGUCAACACGGAUCUAGUUCGGGUCACUCCUUUUCCCAUGGGCAACAUGGCUCUACAUCAGGACAGUCAUCAAGCUGUGGCCAACAUGGAGCUAGCUCAGGUCAGUCUUCCAGCUACGGUCAGCAUGGCUCUGGCUCAAGUCGGUCCUCUGGCUAUGGCCGACAGGGCUCUGGAUCUGGCCAGUCUCCUAGUCGCGGCCGACAUGGGUCCGGUUCCGGGCACUCUUCUAGCUACGGCCAACAUGGGUCUGGCUCAGGUCGUUCUUCCAGCCGUGGCCCACAUGAGUCUGGUUCAGGUCACUCUUCUGGCUUUGGUCAACAUCAGUCUGGCUCAGGACAGUCUUCUGGUUACAGUCAGCACGGAAGUGGCUCAGGGCACUCCUCUAGCCAUGGACAGCAUGGUUCUACAUCAGGACAGUCAUCAAGCUUUGGCCAGGAGGGAUCUAGCACAGGCCAGUCUUCCAGCUACGGCCACCAGGGCUCUGGCUCCAGUCAGUCUUCCGGCUAUGGCCGACACGGGGCUGGAUCUGGCCAGUCUCCUAGCUGUGGCCGACAUGGGUCUGGCUCCGGUCGGUCUCCCAGCUGUGGCCCACAUGGGUCUGGCUCAGGCCAGUCUUCUGGCGUUGGUCAACACGAGUCUAGCUCAGGGCAGUCCUCUAGUUACACUCAGCAUGGAUCUGGCUCAGGUCACUCCUCCAGCUACGGACAACACGGCUCUAGGUCAGGACAGUCAUCUAGGGGAAAACAACACGGAUCUAGCUCAGGUUCCUCUUCUAGCUAUGGUCGACAUGGGUCUGGCUCCCAUCAGUCUUCGGGCCACGGCCGACACGGGUCUGGAUCUGGCCAGUCGCCUAGCCCUAGCCGCGGCCGACAUGGGUCUGGUUCAGGGCAGUCUUCCAGCUGUGGCCAACAUGGGUCUGGCUCAGGACAGUCCUCUGGUUAUAUUCAGCAUGGACGUGGCUCAGGGGAAGGUGGGUAUUCUUAUUCCAAAGAAGGAAGUAACCAUGAAGGUGAAAGUUCUGGCUCAGAUUUUCUCAGUUUUCAUAGUAGGACUUUACCCUAUGAAUAUAUCCAAAAGCAGAGGUGCUACUUUUAG